AGUGCCCCGGUCUGGAUCUGACCGAGUUCUUUUGUCCGAAAUAUUGCGUUGCGUUGUUUGUUCACUUUAAUUUGAGGUUUUUAAAGUGCUUUCGACGGAAGGAAAAUCGAGAUUGUGCAUAUACGAUCAAAUUUAUGCACAGCAUACAUAGAUGACAAUGUCGACUCUAAAGUUUUUAGUUCUUGUGACACUGAUUUCAUGCAGCGGCGCCAAUGAAGAUCCUCUGGUAGUAAAAAUUGGAGCCAUUUUCUUCGACACGGAAAUGAAGUUGGCCGAAGCCUUUACUGUGGCAGUGGAGGAAGUGAAUGCCAUAAAUCCUGAUCUGAGAUUGGAACCAAUCAAGCGCUAUCUGAGUGUUGACGAUAGCAUUGUGCUGCAAGACCUGUCUUGUGACUUGAUUGGAAAUGGGGUGGCCGCUAUUUUUGGACCAAGUUCAAAGACGAACAGCGAUAUAGUCCAAGUUCUGUGUAAUAUGACGGGUAUACCGCAUCUGCAGUUCGAUUGGCAACCCCAACUGUCGGCCAGAGAACGUGUCAACCACCAGCUUACUGUGAAUGUCGCGCCAAUGGAACUAUUACUUUCCUCAGCUUUUUCUGAUAUUUUGGGUAGCAAGAGCUUCGACUGGAAGUCCUUUACCAUUGCCUACGAGAAAAAUGCUCACCUCAAUCGUCUGCAGCACAUCCUAGCAUGGAAACAACUCCAUAAAACAGGAAUCAAGAUGCAGGAAUUUGAGCGGGGAGGGGACUAUCGAGUUCUCUGGAAGCGCAUAAACAACGCUCGUGAGAAAUUUGUUGUGCUUGACUGUCCGUCCGACAUUUUAGUGGACGUUAUCAACGCCUCGAUUGGGUUUAACAUGACUGGGUCAUUUAAUCAUCUAUUUUUAACGGAUCUGGAUACCCACGUGAGCGGCAUCGAUCGUUUCUAUUCUAGGGAAUUUACUGUGUCUGUGGCGGCUGUAAGGUUACGAUCCUAUAUUCCCCCGCCAGUUCACGAUGAAAUUGAUGUAUUUGACAACGAGGUCGACACCAGGUUUGAUUCACUUGGAACUCAGCUUGUAUAUGACUCGGUUGUUCUGUACUAUAACGCUCUUUUGGUAAUAAGCCAGCGUCCAGGGUUCUACGUUCCUCAGUUUAGCUGUGGGCGUGGCUUUUGGCAGCCAGGACCGCGUUUGGUAGACCAAAUGAAAAAUAUUUCUCCAAAGCAAGUCAAGCCUCCCUUCAAAACCCAAAGACUACAAAUAAAUACUGAUGGUCAGCGCGAAGAUUUCAAUCUUGAAGUUUUCAAUCCCCUCAUCGAUCGCGUUACUCAUAUAUGGAACAAAGAUUAUCAACUCGUGGACUAUGAACAAUUAAGGGAGAAUUCGACUCAGGCCGUUAAACAGAGACGUAUGGAAAACAAAGAGGACUUCUCCCAAAAGCCAGUUCGGUAUACAGUGGCAACUCGGGUGGGCAAACCCUACUUUAGUUGGCGUGAGGAACCCGAAGGAGUUCACUUCGAGGGAAAUGAACGUUUUGAAGGCUAUGCCGUGGACCUAAUUUACAAGUUGGCCCAGGAAUGCAAAUUCGAUUUUAACUUUGAACCUGUCAGGGACAAUAAAUAUGGGAGCUACGAUGCUGUCACAGAUGAAUGGGAUGGCAUUAUUCGACAAUUGAUUGACAAUAAUGCACAAAUUGGAAUAUGUGACUUGACCAUUACGCAGGCGCGUCGGUCGGUGGUGGACUUCACUGUUCCCUUCAUGCAGUUGGGAAUAAGUAUUUUGUCGUACAAGGAGCCACCGCCGAAGGCAGACAUGUACGCCUUCCUUAAUCCGUAUGGAGUCGAAGUUUGGCUAUAUGUAAUGAUUGCCAUGAUGAUCACCGCCCUGGCCCUGAUUCUUACCGGUCGCAUGGAUCAAUUCGAGUGGGAGCAUCCGGUGGAGAAUGUGGACCACGAAAUGGAGCGGGAGAACAUCUGGCAUCUGAACAACACCAUGUGGCUGGUGCUGGGCUCGAUACUCAAUCAAGGCUGCGAUCUUUUACCAAGAGGUCUGCCCAUGCGUUUGCUGACCGCCUUCUGGUGGAUCUUUGCCCUGCUCAUAUCCCAGACCUAUAUAGCCAAGUUGGCUGCAUUUAUCACCUCUUCGAAGAUUGCUGGCAACAUCGGCUCUCUCCAUGAUCUUGUUGACCAGAACAAGGUUCAGUUUGGCACCAUCCGCGGAGGCGCCACGUCGGUGUACUUCUCGGAAUCGAAUGACACUGAAAACCGGAUGGCGUGGAACAAGAUGCUGUCCUUCAAGCCGGAUGCCUUCACCAAGAACAACGAGGAGGGCGUGGACCGCGUCAAGCUAAGCAGGGGAGCUUACGCCUUCCUGAUGGAGACAACCAAUCUGCAAUACUACGUUCAGCGAAACUGCGAGCUCACCCAGAUUGGGGAGAGUUUCGGCGAGAAGCAUUACGGAAUAGCAGUUCCACUGAAUGCUAACUUCCGUUCCAAUCUCAGCGUGGGAAUUCUCAAGCUCAGCGAGCAGGGUGUCCUUUACAAUCUACGCAACAAAUGGUUUAACAACAAUGAGAGCACCUGUAAUUUGGAUGCCUCGGCAAUUGAUGACGGCCAGUUUGAUAUGGAAUCGGUGGGGGGACUGUUUGUGGUGCUUAUCGUGGGCGUGAUCAUUGCAUUUAUGAUUGGCAUUGCAGAGUUUUUAUGGCAUGUGCACCGCAUCUCGGUGAAGGAGAAGAUUCCACCAAUGCUUGCUUUGAAGGCAGAGUUUCACUUUCUCAUUCGAUUCUGGUUGACCAAAAAGCCGCUUCACACCUACCGGCAGAGCCGUGAUUCUACGUCGACUGGCUACUCAUCGCUGGAGCAAAUUUCGAGUGCCUCGAGUGCGAAGAAGAAAAAAAAGGUCAACAGGAUUGCUUACUAAAGCAGGGGCAAGGCUUACGUACAUUCAGCAAACUAUAAUUUAACGUAGAAUUAGGAUAGCUUAAAUCAGAUGUGCAGUCCGAUUCUUUAUUGCCCUUUUAAUUUUGUAAAUUUUCUCAGUGUACGCUUGUUUGAAAGGACUACUAUGAAUCAAAUUUUCCGCCAAAUUCUUACGAACUUUUUGAGCACGCCGGUUUUAUAUCUUAACUUUAAAGAAUUUUGAUCAUUAAAUAUAUAUAUGUACAUAUAAUAUAUAAAUAAAAA